AUUUCUAAUUGAUGUAAUCGAUAGCUGUAACUAUCCCAACUACCUCUCUAUCAUCUAAUUGAUCAUAACUAUCCAUUCAUAUACUGCUAUCUUCUGCUUAACAAAUCUCCACCAAUUCACUCACGUGACCCAUUUUUUGCAAUAUUUUUUUUUUUGCUUAGAGGCAUCGAUUUGAUAUUUUUUUUUAUGUUAGUAAUAUCACUAUAACUUUAAACAGAUUCAACUUACCAUUUACAUAUAUUACAUAUACUUACAACAACCAUGAGUGAAAAUACCAAUAAGGGAGCUCUUCAUCCUGACCAGAAGAAAUGGAAAGCACCAAAAGGUCCUAAGGCUGUCCAUCAUAAGAAUAAGAAUUUAAUUGGAUUAGGGAGGACGAUUGCAAAUCAAAGAAGAUUAGAGAAUAAUGUUGAAUUUUUACCUGAUGGUGAAAUGAGAUUCACAACUGAUAAAAAGGAAGCAGGAUGGGUUAAAUUAAGAUCAGUGACUCAAGAGAAUUCCUUAGAUGAGUUUUUAAAUACCGCUCAAUUGGCUGAUACUGAUUUUACAGCUGAUAAAGCUCAACAAGUUAAAAUUAUUAAAGUUGGGAAUACAUCUAUUGUGAAUCAAAAUGGGUUAUUAACGUCGGAAGAAAUGAUUGAAAUGAGAAAGAAACAUCAAUUAUUUGAAAAUAAAUUAACUAUUCCAAGAAGACCCAAAUGGUCUAAAGAUCAAACUAAAUUUCAAAUUGAAAGACAAGAAAAUUUAGCCUUUUUAGAAUGGAGAAGAGAAUUAGCAUCCUUGGAAGAGAAUAAUGAUUUAUUAUUAACUCCCUUUGAAAGAAAUUUAGAAGUUUGGAGACAAUUAUGGAGAGUGGUGGAAAGAUGUGAUUUGAUUGUUCAAAUUGUUGAUGCUAGAAAUCCAUUAUUUUUCAGAUCAGUAGAUUUAGAACAUUAUGUCGAUGGAUUAAGUAAUCCCGAUGAAAAUCAUGCUAAAAGGAAUCUUUUAUUGGUUAAUAAAGCUGAUCUUUUAAAUAAACAACAAAGAUUGGCUUGGGCUGCUUAUUUCAGAGUUAAAAAGAUUAAUUAUGUAUUUUUCUCUGCUGCUAAAGCUAAUGAAUUAUUAGAAAGAGAAAAGGAAGAAUUAGAAAAUGGUAUACAAUAUGAAGAUGAAGAAGAAGAUGACGAUGAAGAAGACGAUGAAGAAGAACUUGAUGAAGUAACUAAAGAAUCAAUCAGAAUAUUAAAGAUCGAAGAAUUAGAACAAUUAUUCUUAACAGAAGCACCACAUUUUGAUAUUGAUCCAGAAUAUCCAGAUAGAAGAUUACAAAUUGGGUUAGUAGGUUAUCCAAAUGUGGGUAAAUCAUCCACUAUUAAUGCUUUAGUUGGAUCUAAAAAAGUUUCAGUUUCAGCUACUCCCGGUAAAACCAAACAUUUCCAAACUAUUAAUUUAUCUCAAGAAGUUGUGUUAUGUGAUUGUCCUGGUUUAGUAUUCCCAACUUUCGCAUAUACUAAUGGUGAUUUAGUAUGUAAUGGUGUAUUACCAAUCGAUCAAUUAAGAGAACAUAUCCCACCUGUAUCAUUAGUAUGUCAAAGAAUUCCUAAAUAUUAUUUAGAAGCCAUUUAUGGUAUCCAUAUUCCAAUUCAAAAAAUUGAAGAUGGUGGUAAUGGGAUGUAUCCAACUGCUAGAGAAUUAUUAAAUGCCUAUGCUAGAGCAAGAGGGUAUAUGACUCAAGGUUUUGGUUCGGCUGAUGAACCUCGUGCUGCAAGAUAUAUCUUGAAAGAUUAUGUGAAUGGGAAAUUAUUAUUUGUAACUCCUCCUCCAAUUUAUAUUGACGGAGAAUCAUGGGAUUUAGCUGAUUUACAAGAAAAUAGAGAUUUUAAUCAAGAUAUCUAUGGAUUACAUAGUUUACCUGAAUCCAGACAAAAGCAAAUCUUACAAGCUUUACAUGAUAAAUCAAUUCCAAUAGAUGAAUUUGAUCUUGCUAAUGAUUUAUCCAAAUUGAAUUUCUCCAUGCAUAUUGGGGAAAACUCAUCCAAGAAAGAGAAUGCCGAUGGAACUAUAGGAGGAGCUAAGACUUUGUUUUAUGGUGGUAAACAAGCAGCUUUAGAAAGUGCCGGUGAUGAUUUAGAUCGUGAAUUUUUUAAAAUGAAUAAUGUAGAAGGGAAAUUCAAUACUCCAUUCCAUAAAAAGGCCAGUGAAGAUGGUAAUAAGAAACAUAAUAAGAAGAAUAAGAAACAAGAAAAGAAGAUUAGAGUUGUAGGUUAUUAAUGAAACAAAAAACAUCUUAUAGUAUAUACUUUAUUAUUUUAGCAUUUUAAUGAAAAGCAAACAGCAUAUUUUAUUUACAAAUUUAAUGAAUUAUUAUUUUUUAAAUUAAAAGAAC